AUGGUGACAAGAACUCUAUGCAAGGGAAGGAUGCGGGACAGGGAGGAGUUGCUGAAUCGGGACAGGUUGGAGUUGCUGAAGCGGGACAGGGUGGAGUUGCUGAAUCGGGAGAGGGUGGAGUUGCUGAAUCGGGACAGGGUGGAGUUGCUGAAUCGGGAGAGGGUGGAGUUGCUGAAUCGGGACAGGGUGGAGUUGCUGAAUCGGGACAGGGUGGAGUUGCUGAAUCGGGACAGGGUGGAGUUGCUGAAUCGGGACAGGGUGGAGUUGCUGAAUCGGGACCGGGUGGAGUUGCUGAAUCGGGACCGGGUGGAGUUGCUGAAUCGGGACAGGGUGGAGUUGCUGAAUCGGGACAGGGUGGAGUUGCUGAAUCGGGACAGGGUGGAGUUGCUGAAUCGAGACAGGGUGGAGCUGCUGAAUCGGGACAGGGUGGAGUUGCUGAAUCGGGACAGGGUGGAGUUGCUGAAUCGGGACAGGGUGGAGUUGCUGAAUCGGGACAAGGUGGAGUUGCUGAAUCGGGACAAGGAGUUCGAGGAGCAGAUCCUGACUGCCUGUCAGGAAAGUCAGGACCUGGCUGCCUGUUUUACCAGUUAUCAGGAAGCCAGGCAGCGCCUGAGAGACAAGGCCAAGGGCCGUGGUUUCUGGCCAGUGACGGGGUCCAAAGGCCGUGGAAAGGGCAAGAAGGGAAAGUCUCCUGGGGGUGGUGCUCGUUUUGGAGCUCAGGGCAAUCAGAGCUUUGGGGGUCGCCGCAGGAGCCUGGCAGAUCGCAUAGCGAACUCCACUUGCCGGCGAUGUGGACAAGCCGGUCACUGGAAGAGAGAAUGCCCUCUCUCUUCCACUCCUACUCCUGGAGGCUUGGGCAAAAAGCCAAAUGAGAUGGAAUCCUUCACGGGCAUCCUUCAGACCGAUGAGGAGGUGAUGGUCAUCACGGAGGACAUCGGGCUUGAUGCUGCUGUGGAAGUCGUUGAUGACCUUCCUCAGGGCGCUGUGGCAUACCUGGAGGAGGCCGAUGAUGAAGCAAUCAUCGACACUGGUGCCAGCCGUGCCGUCAUAGGGGCUGAACGGUUGAAGAAGUUGGUUCGCAGUUUACCCCCCCAAAUUGGAAAGAGGGUUAUGCAGGUCCCCUCGGAAGGUGUUGUUUUCAAGUUUGGCAAUGCUGGCAAACUGACGAGCAAUUGUGCUGUCAUGCUCCCUCGCGCGCAAAAAGGGCCGAACUAUCUCGACCGCAUGCUGACCACGCCCAUGGAUGGAAAUCUGAUGGGCUAUCACACCCACGGAGAUCUUCCGCAGGCCUUGGUGAGGCCUCCGGAUAUCAAUACUCUCACGGAUUGGGGGUAUCUCAAAGCUCCAUCGGGCAAGCAUGCUUCAAAGAGCUUCGCGGCCAUCUACGAACUGGACCAGGGCUAUGUCAACCAGAUGUGGAACCGCAGAGGGGUGUCCUCGUGGGUUCGAAGUUUUCAGAUGUACAGUCGAGCUCGUCGAGCGGCCAGCGAGGAGGCCAAGAGACGUGGCCGACAGGGGAGUCCUUCGACUUCACAGGGCCCUCCGAUGACACCACCGCAGAUGCCAGUGCCGCCGAUGUCUUCGAUGGCCUCGAACACAGUGCCUCAGCCGAUCAGUCAGGGCAAGCUCAAGGAGAAGGACAAGCAGUCCGAUCUCGAGGAAUGGACCCAGAUACCGGUGGAAACAUCGGUUCCAUGCGAGGGGAACAAGGGCAAGAGGGUCCUCGACAAUCCAACGACCAAGAUGGAGACCCAGCCCAACAAGGAGAAGAUCGUGCAGAUUCAGACACAGAUUGCCAUCUUGCAGCGCGAGCUGCAGAAGGAGACGUCGGGCACCGAAGUGUUUCAACAUCCGGAGAGCCUUGAGGAUCACGAACGUCCCGAAAUGGCACAAGAGGCAUUGCAGCUCCAGAAAAGACGUCGCGUCAGCUUGAAACAACCAGAAAAUUCACUGUAUGGCAAAGCACCCACAUGGCAUGAUGUGUUCCGUCAAGCUGGACAUUCCACCCCAAGAGUAGGAAAUGCUUUCUAUAAGGGGGAAGAGGGUGAUGCCGUGUUCCGAAUGGUUCAACAACUGGUGCCUGACAUGACAGUGAAACUGGUGGUUGCAUGCCGGGGUACAGACAGACACCGUAUCCAGCCGGCCGCAGCAAACUGUGAAGUGUUUCCCUGGCGGAAAACAGUCUUGGUGGCACGCAACUCGGGGGAGAUUGUUGAUUUGGGGCCUCCCGAAAAAUGGAGCACGCUCACACGUGCUCGGCAGAUCAGGUCCACUGGGGCAGCCAGAAUUUCACUCUCUAUUUUUGGGAUUAAGGAUGAAGAUGGUGUUGUGGUGGAUCCUCCGAGUGCCGCUGUCAGUUCCGACCGAGACAGUGCCGAAGGCCAGUCUCCGGUCUGCGUUCCAAAUGAAGAUCAAGUCAUGGCCGAGCCCUCCAAUUCCAAUGGGGAAAAUUUUGCAUGGGUCCCCCGAAUUAUCCCUAAAUCGGGGCCUGGGUUUCUCAUGUUGGAUAAGGGGGAACAAGUUGAGCUUAGGCGUUUGCAUAACAAUCUUGGUCAUCCUGAUCCUGAUAAGAUGGUUCGUUUUCUCACGGAACGAGGGGCUAAGCCUGAGAUUGUAGCCGGGGCGAAAGAUAUGAGUUGUGAUACUUGUGUUGAAACCCAAAAUCGACCAAAGUUGUCCCAACCAAGUCGCAUUCAUGAAAACCUGGAUUUCAAUGAUGUUGUCGGAGCCGAUGGGGCUUAUUGGACAAAUGCCCAGGGGAAGACUUUUCAUUUCAUGCAUUUCAUUGAUGAGUCUACCUUGUAUCAUCUAGGUGCAGUGUGUGCGCGAAAGGUUGAGGACCAAAUUCGAGUCUUCCUACAAGCCUGGGUCCAAUGGGCCGGACCAUGCACGUUGCUGUACUUGGACCCGGCAGGGGAAUACAUCAGUGACGAAUGGUCCGCUGCUCUCCAAAGUGAGGGAAUCAGGGUAUCAAUGACAGCUGCUGAGUCGCAUUGGCAGAAUGGUAGAGCUGAGGCGCAUGGACGCAUCAUCAAAAAUAUGUUGACUCGUAUGGAGAAGGAUCAAAGUAUCCUCACUGUUGAGGAUUUUUCUCGAUGUUUGCGUCAAGCGUUUGCUGCUAAGAAUUCCUUGAGCCGAGUCAAUGGCUUUACCCCAGAGCAAUGUCUACUGGGAAAGUCAAGGCGCCUUCCAGGCUCUCUUACCUCAGACUUCGAUGCGGCCAGUCACAGCCUUGCAGAGAGCUCGUCCCCAGAGGGUAUCCGUUUUCGAGAUUUGUCUUCACGUCAGGGAACGUUGAAAUUUUCAACGGACACUCGGCUAGCUCAAAAUGAGCGCACUGUCGUCUGCCCCAUUGCAUGGAGCUCACGGAAAAUACCUCGAGUUGUAACUUCAACUUUAAGUGCAGAAUCGAUGGCACUCAGCUCAGCCCUGGACAGAUUGGGAUACAUCAGAGUGAUGUGGGAAUGGUUGAAAGAUCCGGCAGUAGACUGGGCGAAUCCUAGUCAAGUUUUGGCCAAAGCACCCACUUCCAGCGCAGUGACUGAUUGCAAGAGCGUCUACGAUCUGGCAACAAAGACCUCUGUCCCAGUCUGUACAGAGUACAGAACAACUUUAGAAUGUUUGCUCAUACGUGAGCGCCUUAGAGAGAACGUAGCUAUGCGUUGGAUCAGCACUCAGGCUAUGCUGGCUGACUCCUUGACAAAGAGUAUGGAUUCAGGCAUGUUGCGGGAAUGCUUGAAGUCAGGGCGAUAUACUUUGUUUGACGAAGGAGAAAGCUUGCGUCAGAGAGCUUCCAAGCGUGAGCGGUUGCAGUGGCUGAAAGAUGGAACUGCUUCCAAGGAACAUGGAUGUGAUGGGAAAUAA